AUGGCCAACAAGGAUCUGGACAGAUACUACAAUGCACUUGACAAUCAUGGCUUUGCAAUGCCUAAGGCAUUGAUGCGCUUCCACACAAUGAAAAUGGAAGAAAUCAACAAAAUUAUUAGGGAAUUGUGGCAGCAAACUUAUAGAGGGCAAGAUAUCGACUACAUUAGUAUUCAUUCAGACUCAGAAGGUGCAGGGACCCGUUCAUACAGUUACAAGGUUCUCAUGCAGACUGGUGAUGCAGAGUUGGAGAUGAGAGGAAGAUGUAGCGCAGGUCAGAAGGUUCUGGCAUCUCUUAUCAUACGGUUGGCACUAGCUGAAACGUUUUGUCUCAAUUGUGGAAUUCUUGCACUGGAUGAACCUACCACAAAUUUGGAUGGACCAAAUGCUGAAAGUCUGGCUGCAGCUCUCGUAAGGAUCAUGGAGGACAGGAAAGGGCAGGAAAAUUUUCAACUAAUUGUAAUCACUCACGAUGAGCGUUUUGCUCAACUGAUUGGUCAGCGCCAGCAUGCAGAGAGAUAUUAUCGUGUCGCCAAAGAUGACCUCUGUGAUGCCCACGAAACGACUGUUCCAAUGAUGGAUAUGACCUUGGAUUUUGUCAUCCCUGUACAGGUUAGGUUGUCUGACAAGAAUGUGUUUUCAAGAAAUGUGAGUGAAGGAAGAAAAAUUAUGACACUCAAUAUGAAGUCCCUGAAAAUAGUUUAG